UCAUGCUGCGUGGCUUGCGAAUCGCAGAGACUUCUACGGCCUUUGUGGGACAGCCGCUGGGGAUGGGAGGCUCGAGGAAGCUCGAAGCAUGCAAGACUUCACUUCCACUAUCAAGUCUAAGGCCGUCAGCAACUAGAAGGUCAGAAGGUCAGAGUGCAAUCGAUCAGCCUAGAGAUACCGAAGAUCGUGGAUCACCUGUUCAAAAGGACGUUGUGAUCUUUCCAUCUCGACUCGGAAGCUUUGGAGCGGCGAAAGAUGGCACCGUGGCAAGGGAAGAGAAGCUGGUGAAAGUGGCGGACAGACUUGCGUCAAGAGCACGAUCGUUGGAGUUGAAAGGCAGGUCAUUAGAGCUCAAGGCAAAGAGUUUGGAGGCAAAAGGGAGCAAGCGACGAGCCAUGUGGCUUCAGUGGUUGGCAACGACAUUCGACGGAAUGGCUGCCAUCGCAUCGCUUGCGUCAUGGGGAGCUGCCCUGGUGGCUAUCUGCCUGUUGGAUAUCUCCCUCCCAGUCUUCUUGAAUCUGACACUGUUGGUCAUGGGAACUGUGAUCUGCAUGGCGGGAGGGCUAGCAGUGGGAGCAUCGGCUGCAGUAGGCCUUCUUGCUGUUAUCCAACAAGUGCAGAAUGCAAAAUCGAACAUUCCAGCUUCUGAUAAGGACAUGUUUUGGUCUUAGAUCUGUGUGCUUUGAACUCAACGAGCCUACGGUGUAAAUGUAAU